AGUAUGUAUGGCUUGUUUUAACCCACGGAAGUCCUUCUCUAAUUUCGAUGUGGAUAAACUUGUGAGACUUGCUGAAAUUUAUGCUGAGGAUUUUGAUAUUGGUGACCUUACUGUUUUGCCAAAUGAACUUAAAUCCUUCGUCAACCGUGCUAGAAGAACUCCAGAAUUCCUUGGAUGUACUGAACUUGGAAAAGUUGCUGAAAUUAUGGUCAAGACUAAUAUGAACACAUCUUAUCAGCGGGUUUAUCGUCUCAUUGAGCUAACCUUGAUACUACCGGUGGCAACAGCUUCAGUUGAGAGGAUAUUUUCAGCCAUGUCCAUUAUAAAGACAGAUUUGCGUAGUAAAAUGGGUGAUGAAUGGCUCAAUGACUUGAUGAUAUGCUAUAACGAGAAGGAGAUAUUUAGAAAGAUUUGUAAUGAAAAGAUCAAAAAGAGGUUUGAAGAGAUGAAGAAACGUCGUAUGUUAUUGCCUAAAAAAUUAAUGAUUGCUUCUUCGGAUGAAUAAUGGGUGUCACCGUCACGGACGGCGUCUAUUAGUUUUGUAAUUUGGCUUUUCGGUAUGGAUAAACCGCAUCCUUUAAUUUUCAUGAUGUAUUUUGUGAUUUUUAUUGUCCAUCGAUGUUUUAAUAUAAGACUACUUCAAACUAUUAUAUUUGUCUUUCGUGAGGUGU